AAUCAAAACAAACUUCUGUCACCAACUUGUCAGAAACCCAAAAGCCUUCUUCAUCUCUCUCUCUCUCUCUCUCUCUCUUACAACCGAACAGUACUAGUGUGUGUAGUAUCCCCAAAUCAAAAAGCGAUAAAAACCCCUCUUUCUCAUUCCCAUUUUCAGAUGGAUAUAGAGGCACAAAACCCCAGUUAGAUAACUCUCAACUUUUCCUCAUCAAACCACAAACAAAAACCAAUCUUCAUUCUCUGUCAUUUGAUUGAUUGAUUGUCAAAUGCCCACGUUGUUGUCGGAUAUUUUCUCAGAUUCUUCUAGAUUCUUAUUCAACAAGUGUAUGCGGCGGAAUCUGGAGUGUAACCGUUGUUAGCAUCUUUGGUUCGUGUGCAGUGCAAGAUGGCUUCAGCCAGCCUAGGACAUGGUGGGGUUGGGAGUUCGAGAACUGCUAGUGGGUUCGAUGAAUCGUCUAGUUCGGUUGAUUGGUUGGGCCGGGAGAUGCUUGAGAUGAGACUUAGGGACAAGUCAGACAACGAUGAUGAAAGAGUUAGUGAUAGUGAGCCAGAGAUAGUACACGGUGUGGGGACUGAAGCGGGGCAUGUAAUAAGAACAACAAUCGGUGGUCGUAAUGGUCAGUCUAAACAGACGAUUAGUUACAUAGCUGAGCAUGUGAUUGGAACGGGUUCUUUUGGAGUUGUUUUUCAAGCUAAAUGCAGAGAGACCGGAGAGAUUGUGGCUAUAAAGAAAGUACUUCAAGACAAGCGUUAUAAGAACAGGGAACUACAAAUUAUGCAAAUGUUGGACCACCCUAAUGUUGUGUCCUUGAAACAUUAUUUCUUCUCAACCACUGAUAGAGAAGAGCUUUAUCUUAAUCUUGUUCUUGAUUUUGUUCCUGAAACGGUUAGCCGCAGUGCGCGGCAUUACACUAGGAUGAACCAACGAAUGCCUUUGAUAUAUGUCAAGUUGUAUACUUAUCAGAUAUGCAGAGCACUUGCUUAUAUUCAUAAUUGCAUUGGUAUUUGUCACCGCGACAUCAAGCCUCAGAAUUUGCUAGUAAAUCCACAUACGCAUCAGCUGAAACUCUGCGACUUUGGAAGUGCUAAAGUUUUGAUAAAAGGAGAACCGAAUAUUUCCUACAUUUGUUCAAGAUAUUAUCGCGCUCCAGAGCUUAUAUUUGGCGCCACCGAAUAUACAACCGCUAUAGAUAUUUGGUCAACUGGCUGUGUGAUGGCUGAAUUACUACUUGGACAGCCAUUGUUUCCUGGAGAAAGUGGCGUUGAUCAGUUAGUAGAGAUCAUUAAGGUUUUGGGAACACCGACACGAGAAGAGAUAAAAUGCAUGAACCCAAAUUAUACUGAAUUUAGGUUCCCACAAAUAAAACCUCAUCCGUGGCACAAGGUGUUCCAAAAACGUUUACCUCCCGAAGCUGUGGACUUAGUUUGUAGGUUUUUCCAGUAUUCACCCAAUUUAAGAUGCACUGCUUUAGAAGCUUGUGUGCAUCCGUUCUUUGAUGAAUUAAGAGAUCCGACUACGCGUCUUCUUAACGGUCGCCCACUUCCUCCACUCUUCAAUUUUAAACCCCAAGAGCUUGAAGGCAUUCCUCCUGAGACUGUUCAAAGGCUGAUCCCGGAGCAUGCGCGAAAACAGAACUUAUUUAUGGCUUUGAACAAUCAAUGAGUUUGCUUAUUUUUUCAGCUGUUAUAUCCUUAUUAUUAUUAUGUGUUUUUUUUUUAUGGUUUUCAGUAUGAGACUUGAGUUGAGGCAUGGUGUCAAAUUGCAGGAAGAUGGUAUUUACUUUAAUUUAUUUUUUUUGGUUGAUUUAUUUUCGUAUGAAAUCAUAAAUGUAUCAAAUAAUCAGACUAUUUUAUUUAUUUUAAACAUUACUGUAGUUAUUUAAUAGAGAUAUAAAUUUAUUUAGAGUUA